ACGCUGUCCUCACCCUACGUCUCGCGUGUAGGGUACCUCUACCUACACCCAUUAGGCCAUUAUAGAAGACAAUAACCCUACAUUGGAACACAUUUUCUCCCUUCGCAAUACUACUGUCAGUCCGUGGUAACCGAUCGAAUUGUCACAACUUAUCAUCGCGUUCGUUUUUGUAUAUUAUUUUUUCAUAAAAGUACGUAAAGGAAAUAACCCGAGCUCUACACGAUAACGAAAAAUUCUGGUGUCGGUAGUGAACCCCUUAGUGCUGAACUUCAUCACUUCUAUGUACUAAUACACCUGUAACGUUAUCUAUUUAUUCAUGUACCUUGCUAUUUGUCAUACUGUGUAACCAGUUCACUUACAUAGAUAGAUAGUUCGAGUACUUCUAUAGUUAUACGGUGCGCUCACAACUUACUAGUGUUGCUCAGAGUUAAGUUGCUGGAGCGAUGUGAGAUUGCGUAAUGUGUGAUUUAUGCGUGAACGCGUUUCGUUUAAUAGUUUAUGAUAUUUUCUCGAAGAAAUAAGACGUUUUUUUCGCGUGUACUCGACUGUUUGUUUACCAGCUGUGGUGUCCUCAAAGUUCAAAGUCAUGAAUCUUCGAAACAGACAAACGCUCUACGUUGAAGAAAUUCACAACAAAUUAAAAUCCACUCAUCACUCGAAAAAGAAGAGUAAAGUCCAAAAAAAGAUAAAAAACAUCGAUAGCGUCGGAGUACUGCUGCACAGAAUACACGCCGCUAACGAUGGAGUUUACGAAGCAGCCGAAGAUUUAGUCACGAGUAGAAGAAAAUACCACGAGAUUAAAACCAAGCUACGAAACAUAAUCGCAGAAAAAGACCAAAUACGAGAAGAUAUUUUCCAAAAGAAAGAUAACCUGCAGACAGUCACUUCGGAAUUGCAUAAUGCUGUAAGAGAGCUGAAAACCAUGGAUAUAACUGAUUUAAGCGAAAAAGAGACCGUAAUUGUGCAGCUUAAUUCGUGGCUAGUCGAAGAAGACGUUAUUGAGGCGUGGAAACAUAUAGGUUACGCUGAAGAUGAUCUAAAAGAGAAUACUUGCGGGACGAAGAAGAGUUUGAAAAGAAAUGUUCAGUCGUUGAAUUCGGUUUUACUUCCUAAUAUCUUUAGGAAUAGCACAAUUUCAGUGAUCGGAUCGAUUAAUAUUAAUCGAAAUAAAUGCUGUAUUUGUCUGGAGCAAAGGAUAAACGCUGUGUUAUACAAAUGUGGCCAUACUUGCAUGUGUUUCGACUGCGCGACCAAAUUAAUGGAUACCAAAAAAUGUCCAGUUUGCAGAAGCGAGAUUAUUGAUGUGAUUAAGACUUAUUUAGCUUAGCUAAGCUAAAAAUUUAUUAUUGCACUAUUAUUAUGAAAAUGAGACUUUUCUCGUUGUAGUCACGGUAACCUUGGUUCAUAUUUUAUAAGUUUAUGUUUUCGAUGAAAUAUUUUUUAUUUUGUACAGUGUUGAUGUUGAGUUUUUUAUUUUUGUAAAAUUGACGUGUUUCUUUUAUAUAUACAUUGAUUGUAUUUUCGACAAAUAUAAUGCGAAUUUCGGUUUUUACUUUUA